AUGUACGAAGCAAAGUGUAUUGUAAUGGACUACCAGCACCACAAUGCUCAACUGCAGGCGCAGACACAGCAACACCUACAGCAACUCCAAUCGUUAGCUCCGGAUUCGACCAGAUGGAAUCAGUACCAACAGUUUUGGCGACAUCAGAUGCUAAUGAAUGGAAAAGCUUGUGGCGUACCUAGAGAUGGCAAUCCUGAUAAAAAAGAAGAAAAUGAGCUUUUGUGGACUAACGUCGUAGAAUCUCAGUCAGCGUUUCUGGGACCGAAUCUAUGGGACAACAAAACCAUACCAUACGACAAUGACCUUAAGUAUUGCGACCUCGACGAAUUCCUGUCCGAAAACGGAUUGCCGGUGGAAGGCGACCACCAGAACGGAACGACCGCGGGCAACGUUAACCCGGGCACCAUAGUGGCGGUCGGCCACCAGGGUGGCGCACUCAUGCCGGGGGCCAACAAUCGCCUGUCCUCGCCGCCGCCGCCGCCGCCUUCCAUACACCCGAUACAACACUUGCAGACAAACGGUGUGGGCGUCAUACUGACCAAGCGCGAACCGUCUCCGUCGCCCAGCGAACCGCUCAGCCCGAUCACCAUAAACCCGGCGUCACCAGCAGAUUCAACAUUGUCGUUCGCGUCGUCCAGCAGAGACUUCGACCCGAGAACAAGGCCGUUUUCCGACGAAGAAUUGAAGCCGCAGCCAAUGUUUGUACCGGAUGGGCUGAAAGAUGAGAAAUACUGGGCAAGACGUAGAAAAAACAACAUGGCGGCAAAGCGAUCGAGAGACGCGAGACGAAUGAAAGAGAACCAAAUUGCAUUGAGAGCAGGGUUUUUAGAAAAAGAGAACAUGGGCCUUCGACAAGAGAUGGAACGUUUAAAGAAAGAAAAUUUAGCACUCCGAGAUCGUCUUUCAAAGUUCGAGAUCUAG